UUGACUUGCAUUGGCAUUACAGGGUCAAAACAAUGGCAGCAGAGGAGCCAGGCAGCAACGUUCCCUGCAACCAUUCAGAGGCGUACAAAGUCAACACCUACACCGUGGUCUACAGCCUGGUCUUCAUCCUUGGUCUGCUCAGCAACGCCGGCGCCCUCUACGUCUUCUGCAAGCUGUCCGUUAAGAACCGCCUGUCCACCAUCAUCCUCAUCAACCUGGCCGUGUCUGACCUCGUAUUCAUCCUCACCCUGCCGCUCCGCAUUGCCUACUACCAGAGGGAGACGCAGGCCUGGUCGGGUAGCAGCAGCGGUAGCGGCGGUGGUAGCGCCGGCAGUGUGGUUUUGGGGCACCAUGCGCGAGAGGCGGACCUCUUGGACCUGGCGUGCCGGGCCACCACCUACCUGUUCUACAUCAGCAUGUACUGCAGCAUCUACUUCCUGACGGCGCUGAGCGUGUGCCGCUACCUCGUGCUCUCGGGCCGACUGCGCUUCCAGAACCAGAUCUAUUGCCGGCGCGUCCGCUUCCUCUGCGUGGGCAUCUGGGUGCUCGUGCUGGGAGGCACCGUCAUCUACGUAGCCGCCCUGGACGGCUUCAAUAUUAAGGUCAGUGGCUGCUUCGAGCCACGCGACGAGGACGCCUGGGCGUUCCUCAAACGGGCCAACAUGCUAGUGCUGAUCGUGGGUUUCGCCUUGCCACUGCUGACGGUGCUGCUGUGCUACGCGCUGAUGAUCCGGCACAUCCUGAGGGCCCACUCCAGCCGCCGCACCCGGGACGUGGCUCUCAUCUGCCUGGUGAUGCUGGUCUUCCUGGUCUGCUUCCUGCCGUACCACGUCCAGCGCACGCUGCACCUGGAGCACGUGGAGCGGCGCGACGUGCCUUGCGAGGUGAAGGCCGCGCUGCAGAGGAGCGUGGUGGCCACCAUGUGCUUCGCCGUGGUCAACAGCUGCCUGGACCCGCUCAUCUUCCUGUUCGUGGGCAACGGCUUCAUGCGGGUGCUGUGCGAGAUGGCCAGGGCCUGGGGCUUCCACGGUUGGCGCGGCGGCUGGAGGAAGGAGGAGUCCAGCAGCAGCUCUAGAUGCAACGUGGAGAUACGUGGCCAGACAUGCAAGAUGCCGGCCACCACCACUUCCGUUAACACUCAAGAGAGCUCCACCACCACCACCAACAGCCCCAGCAACCAGCAGCCACUGUUGCUGACUCAACUGCCGCAGGAGACAGAGCAAAUGACGGAUGGCAAUGGGGGCAGUACGGCCCUAUAAUCAUCUUACAGUAACAACAACAAUAAUACACCUUUGAGUCAUGGCGGAUUCCGACUCAGAGAAUCUUUUGAAAGACUUACAGUAACAGCUGGCCCAAGAAAUUUGUUUAAAAAA